GCUGCGCUUCCGGGUCGGCGGGGAGGGCUGCUGCUGUCGCCAGGACCGGCACCCAGACCGAGCCCGAGCCCGAGGCUUCGCCACCGCCGCCAUGAACCGUUUCUUCGGCAAAGCGAAGCCGAAGGCGCCCCCGCCCAGCCUCACCGACUGCAUCGGCACGGUGGACAGCAGAGCUGAGUCAAUUGACAAAAAAAUUGCUAGGCUUGAUGCGGAACUGGUGAAGUAUAAGGACCAAAUGAAGAAGAUGAGAGAGGGGCCUGCAAAGAAUACAGUAAAGCAGAAAGCAUUGAGGGUGUUAAAGCAGAAGCGAAUGUAUGAACAACAGAGGGAUAAUCUAUCACAACAGUCUUUCAAUAUGGAACAAGCUAAUUACACUAUUCAGGCACUGAAGGACACAAAGACAACGGUUGAUGCGAUGAAACUGGGGGUGAAAGAAAUGAAGAAAGCUUACAAGCAAGUCAAAAUUGAUCAAAUUGAGGACAUACAAGAUCAGUUAGAGGAUAUGAUGGAAGAAGCCAAUGAAGUCCAGGAGGCACUGAGUCGUAGCUACGGGACACCAGAGAUUGAUGAAGAUGACUUGGAAGCAGAACUGGAUGCGUUAGGUGAUGAGCUUUUAGCUGAUGAAGACAAUUCCUACUUGGAUGAAGCUGCAUCAGCUCCAGCAAUCCCAGAUGUCACUCCUACAGACACAAAAAACAAAGAUGGUGUACUGGUGGAUGAAUUUGGGCUGCCAAAGAUCCCCGCAACAUAAAUGUUUCAGAAGCACGGUGGAUAUCAUGAACUGUACUUUACAAGUCAAAUUCAGAUUAUUUUUUUUUUUUUAAUUCUGGAGAAGUUGUCCUUCCAGUGUAACCUAAAUAUCACUACAUCCUAGAAGGCAAUAUGACUGGUGGUGUUCUUUCCUUGAAGAAAGCUGUUCUGCUACUGACUUUUCUAUUAAUGGAAAAUUUGGCACAAUUGCCUUCAGUGGAAGCAGUCAGUCCUAACAGGUGUUGAUUUCUGUGUCUUAUGGACAAAGUAAUAUGUGAGAGUAGUGGUGCCUGUUGAUAGCUGAGGUUUACUUUGACUCUUAUUUUAUGUUCCUCUUUCUUGAAACUAAGACUGUACGUUGCUGCUUACUCUCUGUAAAAUAGCUCCCUUAUUAAUAUGCCUAUUUGAUUAAAAAUUGAAAGCAAUUUUUAAACUACUGCAAUCUUGACACUUUUAUGCUGUUGUAACCUUCUUGAAAGCUGUAACAAAUAGGGUUAUCGUUAACUGGAUGUAUUCUAUGGAGACAUAAAAUCAUGUAGAUUAGCAGA